AUGUCUCUCACACCAGACCCCACAAUACUGCAACGCUGCGUCGAGCUUGCAAGAGAAGCCCUCGAAGCCGGCGACGAUCCCUUCGGCUCCGUGCUCGUGAACGGAGAUGGCAAAAUCAUUCGCGAAGACCGCAAUCGUGUAAACACCGGCGAGAAUGGAGACGGGAAACGCGAUGGGACAUUGCAUCCGGAAUUCACCCUCGCGCGUUGGGCGCAACUCAACCUUAGCGCCGGGGAACGGGCCAAGGCUUCGGUGUACACUUCCGGCGAGCACUGCUCGAUGUGCGCUGCGGCCCACGCCUGGGUCGGACUUGGACCCAUUGUCUACGUGUCUUCGAGUGCGCAGUUUUCUGGUUGGCUCGAGGAAUUUGGGUUGAAGGCGGGUGCCAAGGUCAAGCCACUUCCUAUCAAUGAUGUUGCGCCGAGUAUUGCGGUGCAGGGUCCCAUUCCCGGCCUGGAUGAGGAGGUCAAAGCCUUGCACAAGAGGAGGUUCCAAAAGUCAUCGUAA